CACACGGCCCCUGUGUGAAGGCCAGCAAGCUAAUAAUCACCAACCUUGCCUGACAGGCUUGGCAGCUCAAAGUUUCUUGUCGUAGAGACCUCUCGGGCAUUGGGUAGAAAUAAUCACCAUGCUCUACUCUACCCCACGACCUGGCUUCUACUACUAGUAGAUCUACCGCCGCCAUCCUCUGUGAGAGGCUGCCACCGCUCUGGUCGCCUGCCAACUGCCUUCUCCAGCGACACGAGUCACGUAAAGGAGCAGCAGCAGCACUUGUUGCUGGUGCUCUUUCAAAACUAUCCCCUCAUCAUGACAAUGGCUCAGAGAGCAAGUGGUUACUAUGUCGUGACGUGCCAGGAGAGUGCGUCAAGUUCGAUCCGUCUACACGUCUCCACGCUGGGCCUUGCGGAGGUUGAUCUGCGGCUUGCACGCGCAGUCCGAUCCUCUGCCAGUGCCAGUGCAGUGCUGGCCACGUCCGCAAUCUUAUCCGCAGAGCUGAGUCCACACUACGCCACAGCGCCACUGCACUGCUUACUAUCUCUGCGGGCUUUUCUCUGGUCUAGCGCCAGGCUGGGUGGGAACGGGUGUUUGCACCUCACGAGCGACUUGGCCCGUUCAUUUGCUGCGAGUGUGUGGUCUGAGCCAUUUACUCUCAUUGACGGCCUGGUUCCGGGAUCCAGUUCGCGCAAGUGUCGGCUGCGCCACUAUCGACUGUUAUGCGAAGCAGCGCGCUGAAGUAAUGGUCUACAGCGGGAAGCUCUAAGUAGGCCAAUUCAAUUGAAGGACGUAAACGCAUAUUUAGCUCCCUUGCACCAAGUCGCAAACAUCAGAGAACGGUUUCGACUGAGUGCAAGCCGCAACGUAGAAAUUUGCUCCCAUUUCCUUUGCUUCAGCAGCCCGAGCAGAAGGUGACAGUGCGCAACACAACGCAACGCCAGGUUCUGUACUCCGUUCAAGUUCAAGUUGGACCACUGCCAGUAUGAAUUGCAAAGGUUUGGUAUGCACGUGGCGAAUGGCCACUAGCUGUCCAGUGUCUGUUCUAUUCGCAACGCUUGUGCUGCUGUCACUGGCUCGCAUCGGUAGCGGCAACGCGCAGAAUCCGGAAGCGGAGAUCGACUAUUCGGCGUUCAACGCCGAGAACGUCCACCGAGAGCAUUGUCCUCUGCAGGACUGCUUCACGAGGCUCAGCUACUGCUGGUUUCGCAGAUUGUGCGCUUGCGACAAGAACGAUUCUGCCUGUGUAGCUCAAUGCGCUCUCUGUCUAGACGAGACCUGGUUCAGCUGCUGCCCAUGCACGGGCCUGUGUGCGCGAGACGGCGAGGCGAAGAAGCUCAAGCGAAUCCAGACCGUUCGACUCGACAAGAAUGCGUUGCCGAAGACGUACGUGGUCGGCGGUUACACGUUGCGAAAUCGCAACAAGGACAGGGGCUUGCUGGAGGCUGUGGCGGCCUCCGUGGAGAUGCUGGGGCUGAAGAGAGCGUUCGCCACCGGACGAACUGUGUCUCUCGGACGACUUGGCGUCAGCAUUCGAAACAACACGAAGCCCGCACCCACAGCCACGACUACACAACCACCAACCGCACCGAGCACGACCACAGCAGCGGGUGACAGUGAGAGCAGCCACUCCAGUGCAGCUGCGAGUACAACGGACCCAUCUGCCCCGACUACAGGUGCCGAGGUCGAAACCACCAGCACGGAUUCGCAGAAUCGGACAAUGAUCUUCGCCGACAACGCGACCAUGCACAGGCUCCAUCGGUUGGAGCGAGAGAAGCUCGGUGAGCGAAUCGCCGAGUUCCAGAGCGCGUGCCGGCAAAACCAGUGCGUGACCAUCUACACGAAGAUGGCGGUGACGCGCGCGGUGUGCUGGCAGAUCUGCGACACCGUCGGUGCCCGGACGUGGCACCAUUGGUCCACGUAUAGCUGUGAGUGUCGGAGCGCGUGCUGUAGAAGACCGGCCGGGCACUUGAUACCACUACAUCGAGAGGCGCUCUGAUGUGUUGUCUUCCUAUCGGCAGAGCCCAAACAGUUGUACUGCAAUCCGAUAAAGCUAUUGCUGGCAGCUUCACAGGUGGAUGCUUCCCAGAACGCUGCUCGGACCCGGACAGAAAGCUUGACGUCUAUUAUGGAAUGCUACUAUUGGUUCAUUUCGCCUGAGCUUGAGAGAUUAACACGUCAGUGACGUGAGUGCUGAUAACGUUAGAGCACACAGCGCCGUGCUCAGUGUUUUGACUGCUGAGCUGCUCUUGCAGCCUGUAGUCUCUGCAAUCUGCCACACUUACUCACUGUCAUCUGCCACAGUCACAGCCACAGUCACAUGCUGUAGCAGCAGCAGCAGCAGCAGUGCCUUGCUGGUUGCGUUGAGUUGAGAGAGAGAGAGAGUCGCACCUGGUUAUCUCGCACUGACAAACCCCCCAACACACAGAUAAGACAAAGAUUCUAUUAUUAUCAGAGGAUUUACAUUAUGCCUGGGUCAGACCUAUACGGCGCAUAUCGGUGUCAAUUUUCUGCUUUCUAUCAUCCAUCAACAUUCCCCAUUCUCCUAUACGGAGCAGAGUAGCUUUUUAUCGCGAUGACAGCAUACAAUUUGCCUUGAUCAGUUCUCGUUUCUCGUGUCAAUCCCGAAAAAGUCCAUUGUCUCUUCA